GGACGGAAUAAAACAAGGGCGAAGUUUCUAUAAGGUACAAAGUUUGUGUUUGGUUGGUACAGAAAAGUGAUUUUUACCAGAAAAACAGUGAAUUGGAUCAAUAAAGGAAGCGUGAAUUGUGGCAAUUGAACUUAUUGCAGUUUUCAUUAAAAAAAAACGGGCAGGAUCUUCACUCAAUUAAAGACGUAAUACAUAAAUCAACUGCAAAAAUGGACGAAGCAUUGCAGGCGCGUGUAAAAGUCAGACAUCGUAGAGUAAAGGAAUUGACAGCGAAUGCUGCAGCUGUACUUGAGGGAGGAGAAGUGCAGUUGAUGGACUUGCUGCAGAUGCGUACCCAGUUAAGGCGGUCUAUUGAUGCGUUAGAGAAGGAGACUCUCAACUUUAUGCAGCAUUGUGGCAAUACUGGUAGCAUGUCGGAAGAGUAUAUGGCGGAUCAAAUAAUAGCGGAAGAUGUCCUAUCUCGACUAGACACUUAUACCGAGUUAAAUGUUAAUAGUGAAAAAGGAACAAACCCUGGCCAAGUUGCAAGGCUACCGAAACUAGAACUCCAAAAAUUUAGUGGAGAUUUCCUGAAAUUUACUGAGUUUUGGGAUCAUUUUGAGGCUAGUGUCGGGACAAGAAACCUAAAAAAUGUGGAUAAACUUUCUUAUUUGCUUGCUUCGCUACAAGGAGCUGCGUUAGGAACGGUAGAAGGAAUUUCCAUUACAAAUGAAAACUAUGAAGUAGCGGUCAGCAUGCUGAAAGAAAGGUAUGGGAGUAAAGAGAAGGUUAUUGAUGCUCAUUAUAAAGCCCUAAUGAAUAUAAGAAAGAGUAACAAUGACGCUACUAGUUGCAGACAAACAAUAAAUGCCCUCGAGAGACACUUACGUGUGUUACACAAUCUGGGGGAGGAUACCAACAGUAGUCACCUUCGUGUUCUAAUGACUGAUAAAUUUCCUGAAAAUGUUAUUUACCAAGUACACCUAUUGUCUCCUGAAGAUCAAAGCAUUGAAAAGCUGCGUAUGGGUCUGGAACAAGUAAUUACAGCAAUGGAACGUUCAGGUCAGAAUAACCAAUCUGGAAGUUGUGUAACAUCAAGCUCAACUCCAUCACUUCCAUCUACCUCAACAGCUUCAUUGACAGGAUUGGCAAAGGCGGGAUCAAAAAGAAAGUAUAUCUCAUAUCAACAGAAGAAGGGCGGUCAGCCGUCUAAAAAAAUCCGAAAGAAUUGCAUUUUUUGUGAAGGAACCCAUUAUAGUAACGAAUGUCGGAAAGUGGCGAAUCUAAAAGGAAGAAAGGAGAAACUAAAGGAUAGAUGCUACAAAUGUUUUAAGCGAGGACACAACGCUUCAAGCUGCAGAUUGAAGAAGAAUUGUUACUUCUGUAAAGGUGAUCACAAUAGUGCCUUGUGCCCGAAGCAAUUUAAAAAGACUAAGCCUGAAUUUAAAGAUACCGAAAAGGAUGGCAGUGGCGACAAUCCACAACAAGAAUAAGCAUCUACCUUGCAGGCUGAUUUUAGAUGGUGGAUCACAACGUAGUUACAUUACCUCAGCAAUAGCAAACAAAUUAAAAAUUAUUCCAGAUGGAGAAGAUUUUCUCACGAUGUACACUUUUUCGUCAACUUCACCGAAAACUAUAUGUAGCCCAUCAGCUGAAAUCAAAAUUAAAACAAAAAGAGACAUCAUUAAGGAAUUAAGAAUCAACAUAGUUCCUCAUAUAACAAGAGGAAUUCCUAUUGUAAAGAUUAAUAUAGAAAAGCCAAUAGAUUUUCUAGCAGAUGAUGACACCAGGGGGGAAAAUGUUGAUUUACUAAUAGGUAAUGACUAUUAUUUUUCGCUUAUUCGAAACGAGCGCAUUGAAAAGGAAAACAUGAUUCUUGUAGAUACAGAUUUUGGUUGGAUUGUAUCUGGGAAUGGCGAACAAAACAAAGAAUAUAAUACUUUAUCAGUCAUUACAUACUAUUGUCAGUGCCACAAUACCGAUUGUACAUACUUCAAUGAACCUGAUCUACCGCUAAGAAGUAUUGACAUGAAAUUCCUUUGGAGUUUAGAAAGCAUUGGUAUAACAGAUUCUCCCAAAACUACCAGAGAAGAAGAAGCUGUUAAAUAUUUUAAUGAAACUGUACAUUAUAACAAUGGCAGAUAUGAGGUCAAGUGGCCAUGGAUCCAAUACCCGCCUGAUUUACCAACCAAUUAUGGUUUAGCCUAUGGCAGGUUAAAAGGUUUACUGCGGAGAUCUGACGAGAGUACGCUCAGCGAGUAUGACCGAAUUAUAAAGGAACAAUUGGAUGCAAAAAUCAUCGAAGAAAUAGAACCUAAAACAGUACCUAUCUAUCAAGUAAGUCCUCCGGUACACUAUUUGCCACAUCAUAUAGUGAGACAAGAAGGAAAGAACGGGCGGAUCGUUUAUGAUGGUUCAGCAAAAAUAAAGGAAGGUAAUAGUUUAAAUGAAUGCAUGUACCGAGGUCCUUCGUUAUUAGAAGAUCUUACUGCGCUAUUGAUUAAAUUUAGAACCGGCAAAGUAGGAAUUACUGCAGAUGUUGAAAAGGCGUUCCUACAAAUUGGCCUCCAAAAUGAAGACAGAGACGUGACGAGAUUUCUCUGGGUUAAGGACCCUAGUAAAGAACUAACGGAUGAUAACAUACGCCAUUUCCGAUUUUGUAGAAUCCCGUUUGGGAUAAUUUCUAGUCCAUUCUUGCUAACAGCAUCAAUUCGAUACCAUAUAUCCAAAACAAAUGAAGCACUACUCACAAAAAUAGCAGACAAGUGCUAUGUUGAUAAUUUAGUGACAUCUGUUGAAUCCCUAGAUGAAGCUUUACGCUUGUAUGAUGAAACUAGGACAGUAUUUAAUGAGCUUUCAAUGAAUAUAAGAGACUGGGUGUCAAAUGAUAGUAAAUUUAUGGAGAAGAUCCCUAAGAACCAGUCUGGAAAUCAGUCAGGAAAAAUGAAAAUUCUGGGUCUAAUUUGGAACCUACAAGAUGACACUUUACAACUGAAAAUGGAAGAUAAGGCGCUUGAGACUCAAGCCAAUGAUGAACUAAACAAAAAGGAUAUCCUUAGAACUCUUGCUCGUGUCUAUGAUCCAUGUGGGUUUGCGUCACCUCUUAUUCUACCAGCUAAAUUACUGUUUCAAGACUUGUGCAUCCAGAAAUUUAAAUGGGACUCACCCUUACCAAUGAAUAUAGUUCAAAAAUGGAAGUCCAUUGUAGACAAAUUAAAGACAGCAAAAGAUAUAAAGAUCCCUAGAUAUGUGGCUGAAGACAUGCCGGUAGGUGCAAAACAAUAUGAACUUCAUGUCUUUACCGAUGCUUCCAAGUUCGCCUACUCAGCUGUUGCGUAUUUACGCACUCAUUGUAGAGGGACUAUUAAGACUGCGUUCUUAAUGUCAAAAUCGCGCGUGACACCUGUAGAAGACAAAGAAAACUUGAAGAUUCCCCGUCUGGAAUUACUGGGCUAUUUGAUAGGAAGCAGGUUGCUUAAGUACUUGAAGGAUAACCUGAAUCUGACAAUUAAUAAGCAGUAUUUAUGGACGGACAGCCAAGUCGUGCUUUACUGGCUUAGAACUAACAACUUACUGCCACCCUUCGUAAAAAGACGCAUAGAUGAAAUAAAUCAACUAAGGGAUGUCGAGUUCUGUUACAUACACACUAACGAAAAUCCAGCCGAUUUAGGGACACGCCCGGAGCUAUGGGAAGAAAAGCAAGCCUCUUGGUUUACAGGGCCACCUUUCCUCGUAAAAGAUUCAAAAUUCUGGCCAAGUAACAGGUACUUAGAACAAAAUACUCUUCUUUCGGCCGGGGAGGCUCUGGACAGUA